AUGGCCCAGAAAAAUAACUUUCAGUUCUCCAUCAGGGAAUAUAGACCCUCAGACGAACAUGUGGUCAUGUCGCUCUUCCGUGACGGGAUACUGGAACAUGUAUACCCGGCUUUCUUCAAGGCCUUGAGCCACCCAGACCAUGUUGGCAUUGCUCUGAGCAUUUCCAUGGCUGGCUAUGUGCUGGGAGGCAGCUCCUACUUCCAAGCUUUACUCUUUGGCAGUGCAUGGGCUGGCCUCCUUUAUUACUGCUGCCACGAGAUCUACGAAGGCUACAUGUUGAGGAGGCUGGGCACAGAUAUGGCUGACAUUCCAGCCAGCUACCUGGAAAACCCUGAUAACGGUUUCUGGGUGGCGGAGGCGGACGUCAACGGCGAGUCAAAGGUAGUGGGAAUAGUGGCGGUGACUGGGAAGAGUGGAGGGGAGGAAGGUGAAAGGUUUGAUGACAGGAACGGAGGAGCGAUGGGAGGAGGCACAGAGUUCGCCCAAGAUGCUGGUGAUGGGAGUUACGGCGAGAUUUCCCACAUGGUUGUGGCGUUUCAGUGGCGCCACAAAAAACUGGGUUCGCAGCUGAUGAGGAAGGCACUUGAUUUCUGCAAAGAGCAAGGAUACACCCGCCUCGUCCUGGACAUCAGCUCGCCACAGACGACGGCCAUUUCCCUGUACCAGAAAUUCGGCUUUGUUCAGACCGCAUCCCACAAUAACACGCACGCUAACCGCUGGUUCUCCAAACUGGCCAGAAUAAAUGUGAUGCGAAUGGAGAAGUUCAUUUGAUGGACUUUAGACCUCAGCACCUGAAACAACCUCAACUGUACAUUAAGAAUGAGGCAGUCAUCCUCCAAAGUAAGACCACAUAGGUCGUUCUUACAAGCGGAAAUAAAAAUCCGUAUUUAAAAUUUUUGUCCGGCAGCAACCUUGAGUUGUGGUAUUAAUUAUUACAGGCAACACAUUCUCAUCCAAACACGUCAAAUAUCCCCCCUUGGUCAGUGCCGUUCAGGACUACAUAUAACGAGCUGGGUAUUCCCUUAUGAUUGUUUUUCAUGUUCCAGGACAGCGUGUCAGUUAAAUGCACUGCGUCACUGAAAAUGUACAGCUUCUGCUCGUUAAAUGCAUAUAG